CUGGCUGUGGCACACCAACAGUGUUUUUGUUUGCUGAGCUAAAUGAAGAGCAUAAAAAUCAGACAGAGUUUCCUGUUGGGGGGACUGUGAAGUACACUUGUCGACCUGGAUAUGUUAAACAGCCACAAAUAUCACCAACUAUCACAUGUCUUGAAAACCAAACGUGGUCUGAAGCCCAGGAGUUUUGCAGACGUGGCUGUGGUGCACCUCCAACCUUCACCUUUGCUGAGCUAAUGAAGGAGUACAAGCACCUGAUGGAGUUUGCUGUGGGGAACACUGUGGUUUGUCCAGCCCCAGAGAUCCGGAAUGGGAGAAUAAUUGUCACUAGACAUCGCUACACGUACAAAGACACAGUUAGCUUUAGGUGCCACAAAGGUUUCACCUUGCGAGGCCAUCGCACAGCCCAGUGCCACGUGAAUGGAAUGUGGCAUCCACCUGUACCUGUCUGUGAACAGGGCAGGUGA